AUGCUGCUGCGGAACGGCAGUGCCUUGCUACGCGGACCCGCCCAGCAGCAGCAGCACCAACAACAGCAGCCUCACCAGCAACAGCAGCAGCAGCAACAGCAGCAGCAGCAGCAGCAGCAGCAAGUUGUCCGGGGAGGAGGUUGUGUUUUCGGGGCGUUUGCUGCGGGACAGCAGCGGGAGAGAAGGGCCGAUUCGCGAGCAGCAGCAGGCGCUGCUGCUGCUGCUGCUGCAGCAGCAGCUGCUCCCCCUCGCCGACAGCAGCAGCUGCUGCUGGCUCCACUGCGGCAGCUGCUGCCACAGAAUCCUCUUCACCGGAGUCCGCGAAAGAGACACAAAACGCGAGUGUACAUACACCCCAAGCUGCGCAUACACCCCAAGCUGCGCAUACACCCCGAGCUGCCGAGACACCCCGAGCUGUCCAGACACCCCGAGGAGCUGCGCAGACACCGGAAGGAGCUGCGCAGACACCGGAGGGAGCUGCGCAGACACCGGGAGGAGCUGCGUGUACACCCCGGGGAGCUGCACGUACACCCCGGGGAGCUGCACGUACACCCCGGGGAGCUGCACGUACACCCCGGGGAGCUGUACGUACACCCCAAGUCUGUUUCCAAAAAGGUGUUUUGUGCCUCCUUUGAAGCCCCAGAGCUGCCACGUUUGCUGCAGAGCCUCAGCAACGCGCGCAGUCGCCAGCAGCAUCUUCUGCAGCAUCCUCAACCCCACGCUGCUCUGCGACGCAUGCGCCAACAUACCCUUCCCCAGCAGCAGCAGCAGCAGCAGCAGCAGCAGCAGCAGCAGCAGCAGGUGGUUUGCUGA